UAAUUACACCUGUUUCACAAUUUACGGGGCAAAAUCGUGACAAGCACUUCUCAUGAUUAUACUUGCGUAGAUAUUUUGUCUUUGGCAAGCUGGACGUAUUCCCGUGCACAGUUGUAUAGAAGGAGAAAUUAUCAUAUCUUAAGGGUCCUGCUGCGUUCUAUCGUCAUGAAGACCAUCACGUUGAUAUUCUUCGCUGUGACCAUUGGUGUUACCAUGGCAACGCAGUAUUACAAAGCUGAAAAGGACGGGGUUGAUGGCCAAUUCAUCGUCGUCUUAAAGGAUGGGAUCGACAUAGAACCGGUUAUUAACCGGUUUCUAACCGACAGUCAAUCAGAAGGUAUCCGGGCAUCCAUUCGACUCCGCUACAGCAAUCUCCUGACUGGGUUCGUUGCCAAGGUUACGGAUGGCAGUCGUGCAUUACAACUGUUGAUGGCCCUACCCGGUGUCGACUACAUUGAACAAGACAAGAUUAUCCGAUCCAAUGCUGUCGCUGGAUCGUGGGGGAUUGACAGGAUUGAUCAAAGGAACCUACCGCUGAAUAACGACAUGGAUGUUAAUGGAUAUGGAAGUGGAGUCCAUGUGUACAUCAUUGACACUGGUAUAAACCCGAACCACGAGGACUUUGGAGGUCGGGCAACACCCAGCAAGGACUUUGUUGAUGUAGAGAACGGGGAUGCGAUUGACUGCAAUGGACAUGGAACCCAUUGCGCAGGAACGGUGGGAAGCAACACUUACGGCAUUGCACGCGAGGCCAGUCUCUACGGUAUCAGAAUCCUUGAUUGCGAUGGUUCUGGGUUCAUCAGUUCUUCAGUAGCAGCAAUGGACUGGCUGGCAUCGGAAGGCAAAAGACCGACCGUAGCGUCCAUGUCAUACGGAGGGUUCUAUUCACCUACAGAGAUGAGGGCGGCAAAGGGCGCCAAGGAAAUGGGCGUGGUCCUUGUGACGUCAGCCGGAAACAGCAAUGCAGAUGCGUGUUUGCAAUCUCCCGCCGGGAGUCCCGAUGUGAUCACUGUCGGUGCAACAACAAGCAGCGAUGCUCGUUCAAGCUACUCCAAUUACGGGCGAUGCGUCGAUCUGUUCGCUCCUGGCUCCAGCAUCACAAGCCUCACCUACGACUCUAAUGACGGUGUUGCGACUUACAGUGGAACUAGUAUGGCUUGCCCACACGUAGCCGGUAUUGCCGCAGUGCUGCUAGGUCAGGGAUAUUCUCCUCAAGAGGUUUACGAUAAGGUCACCAGUUCUGCAACCUUUGGCGUGGUGGCGAACCCCAACGGAUCUCCCAAUCUACUCGCCUACCUCGAUUAAAACCACUCUUGUAGAUUUCAAUCUAACCAGAGUCUAUUGCAAUAAUCACACUCCCAAGAUAGAUGAAUAAAUUUCAUCAAUAAUGAUAAUAAAAUAAAAAUUAGAAUGAGUCAUAAUUCUAUUAUAAAUGAUUAUAAUUUUCAAAUCACAUAUUGGGCUGGUCAUGCUAGUAGGGAGAUAUUCGGAGUGGGGUGUUGUGCGCUCUUCAUCCAGACAAUCAUCAUUCCUAGGUACAUUAUUCAGAAACACGCAAAUCUCAUAUCUAUCCUCUCUUAAUGCAAAGGGUCUAAUCUGUUCCCUAAUCACACUACUCUCAGAGUGAUAAGAGGGACCAGUCCUGAUGGAAUGAGAUUUCAAUCUUUCAAGAGUGAAUUCUUACUUUUUGGAGUGAAAGUACACAAAAUUUGCACUCUUUUAUUCAAAACAAGGUAAAAAUCACUCUUGAAAGAUUGAAAUCUUAGUCCAUCAGGACUGGUCACUCAUAUCUCUGAGAAGAGUGUGAUUGCAUUUGUAGAAUAUACAUGUAGGCUGCUAAGAUGGUAUUUAGUCGAAAAUAAAAAAAGAAAAAGAAUAAUUUGGUACGAAUGAUAUCCUGUCCAAAUCUUUAAGAACUGCCAUUCAGAGAAAGACCUCCAAUUGACGUAUUGUCACCAUUACAUCCAGCCUGGACAACUAAUGAUGCAGCUAUAUGGGUGCAGCAAAUUAAAGUUUUUAACUGCCUGCUUGUGAACAACCCGCUGGUGUACACUUUUUUAGAGUUAGGCAUUAUGUUACAAGAAGGUUUAUUUCUCCAAUUUGCGAAAAUUACUCUUGGCGCUGAUGCAUCAAAGUGCAAAAUACACUCCAUAAAUAUAUAUAUAUAUGGCUGUGAGCUUUAUUGUAUCCCUGAAGAUGACGUGGGUUUACGUCGAAAAUUCGGCUCAGUGUAAAAAUGGCAGAGGUAAAAAAUGGCAAAGUAAAAAUGGCAGCGGUAAAAUAGCGAAGGUAAAAAUGG